UUAUGCUAUUGUCUUAGUCCAAGUAUAUACGUUUCACGAUUUACAGCUGCCUAUUUUCUUUGUAGAUAUUUAUAAAAAUUGCAUUUUAAAAAUGUGGAAUCUGUACACGUUAUGCUUUAUAACAGUUUUUGUGCUUGACAAGGGACUUGCAAAGAUUCCGGAUUUCAUACACCCCUGCACUGCAGACAACAACGCGUGCAUAUUACAGUCGACUAUAGACGCCCUCCCCGAGUUCGUGAAGGGGCUCCCCGACAUGGGGGUGCCGACCCUGGACCCGUUCACUAUAGAGAAGCUGUCGCUGCCGCUGCCCGGGCUCAAGGCUUCCAUGUACAAUGGAAAAUGACGGGCUUCAAAGCUGGUGAUUGAUAAUGUUGAAUCUAAUUUUAAAAAACACAAAUUUAUAAUGGAGGUCCACGGUAACUUAACACUGAAGGGAUCUUACAAGGCUCAAGGGAGAAUUCUAGUCAUGCCCAUUGAUGGAGAUGGAGACCUCAAAGUAAAAAUGACUAACUUCAGAAUGAAGGUCACGAUCAACACCGCCAUAGUGCCAGACGAGAAAGGGAUGAAACACUUUCACGCUAAGAGCUACCAAUACACAAUCGACUAUGGACAUGCCUCGUUCAACCUAACGAACCUUUUCAAAGGCAAUCCAGAAUUGAGCAACACGGUACUGACGUUUAUAAACGAGAACUGGCGACUGAUCGCCGACGAGUUCGGGAAGCCCAUCAUAGACUUCGCGACGGAGACGGUCGUGCGGGCCAUUGAGAAGUUCUUCCUCGCCGUGCCCAUGGAGGAGCUUGUGGACGGACCUUUACCUUCUUAUGAUUAACAGCGAAUAAAGUUGUAGAUUUUCGAUAAAAGUUCAAUACCUCUAGAGACUAUAAUAAAUGGGGUGCCAACGCUAA